GUAGGGCGCCCGUGCGCUCGCUCGCGCCGCGUCUCGCGCCGCCGCUGCCGCCGCCGCCGCCGCGUCCAUGACCGCGACCCCUUGGCCGGGGACACCCGCCGCCGCCGCCGCCGCCCCGCCCCGCGCCCCGGAACGCGGGUCCCCGGCUUCGCUCGUCCCCGCGCUCUGCCGCCGCUCGCCGUCCGCGCCGGCUGAGACAGGCAGGACGGACUCUCAGGUGACAAUGGCUGUGACUGUGGAAGAGGCUCCCUGGCUGGGCUGGAUCUUGGUGAAAGCUCUGAUGAGGUUUGCCUUCAUGGUGGCCAACAACCUAGUCGCCAUUCCUUCCUACAUCUGCUAUGUGAUUAUCCUGCAGCCCCUGCGAGUGCUGGACAGUAAGCAGUUCUGGUAUAUUGAAGGAAUCAUGUACAAAUGGCUCUUAGGAAUGGUGGCCUCGUGGGGAUGGUAUGCUGGAUACACAGUGAUGGAAUGGGGGGAGGACAUUAAAGCAAUUUCAAAAGAUGAAGCAGUGAUGUUGGUGAAUCAUCAAGCAACAGGAGAUGUGUGCACGCUGAUGAUGUGCCUGCAGGACAAAGGCCUGGUUGUUGCUCAAAUGAUGUGGUUGAUGGAUCAUAUUUUUAAAUAUACAAACUUUGGAAUUGUUUCUCUGAUUCAUGGAGACUUCUUUAUAAGACAGGGAAGAUCUUAUCGGGACCAACAGCUGCUGCUUCUCAAGAAGCACUUAGAGAAGAACUACAGGAGCAGAGACCGGAAAUGGAUUGUUUUGUUUCCAGAAGGAGGCUUCCUGAGGAAGAGGCGAGAAACAAGCCAGGCAUUUGCCAAAAAGAACAACUUGCCGUUUCUUACUCAUGUCACUCUGCCAAGGGUUGGUGCAACAAAGAUUAUUCUGAGUGCACUGGUAGCACGGCAGGAAAACGGAAGUCCAGCAGGAGGAGAUGCUAAAGAAUUAGAGAGCAAAUCAAAAGGCCUCCAGUGGAUAAUAGAUACAACUAUAGCUUAUCCCAAAGCUGAGCCUAUAGAUAUUCAAACCUGGAUUCUGGGCUACCGGAAGCCAACAGUCACUCAUGUACAUUACAGGAUCUUUCCGGUUAAAGACGUACCCCUGGAGACUGACGACAGCCUCGCUGAUUGGCUUUACCAGCGGUUUAUUGAGAAAGAAGACCUCUUGUCACAUUUUUAUGAAACAGGAGCUUUCCCACCUUCCAAGGGCCAGAAGGAGGCUGUUUCCAGGGAGAUGACCCUCAGCAACAUGUGGAUAUUUCUCAUACAGUCUUUUGCAUUUUUGUCAGGCUAUAUGUGGUACAACAUUAUUCAGUAUUUUUACCAUUGCCUGUUUUAGGAAUUGACUUGAACUUGUCAAGGUCACCAUAGGAGUUCGGACUUUCAUAAGUGUGUGUUAUUUUACAUGUGGAAAUCAGGAUUUAUAUACACACAAACACACACACACACACACACACAUAUAUAUAAAGCAAAGGAAAUUCAAUGGAUGGAUUAAUAUUUAUCCCCCUUUGGGAUAUUUUAAGACUCUACUAAAUAAGGAUCAGUAAUAUAAUGACCUGCUAAUAUAUUUUAAGAACUUUUCAUGUUUUAAAAAGAUACACUGUAUCGCAUAUUUAAACAAACAUCACAUUUGAAGAAGAGGAAAUCAUAAAACUAUCCCAGCAGACUUUCUGGGAGAAAGUCUGAUUACUUAGUUCAAGUUCACAAGGUUGUAUUCAUCCCCUGUAGCUGGGAGUCUGUGUUACGGCAAUGUCCGGGCAUCCUCAUUGGUGCCUGCUUGUGGUCUGUGGCUAGUAACAUGAGGGGAGCUGGUGGCCACCCUCCGGACAACUGCGUCCUCAGCCGCUAAUGAGGUACCGUGACAGCGGGAUUCUCUGCUGGAGAGGCUGUGGCCACUGAAUACCUCCUGGUACUAGAGCCUUUCCUUAGCCCAUGCCUCGUUUACAUGUGCUGGUGCUUCCCCUGGGCGGGAGGACACACCCAUUUCUCCUUUUGUGUAGAAGGCAUAUCACAGAUGGAUCAUUGUCUUUUACAAAGCGCACUUUUCUCAGAUGUACAUACAGCAGAAGGUUAGAGAUGAGUGUGUCGUAAGGGGAGUGUGGGCCCGCAGUUCUCCAGCACCUCGCCCCAGAUGCCCCUGGCCUGCCGCCUCGUGGGUAUCUCAGAGGCUUGCUUCCUCUUUCCCUCGUGAAAUGUGAGCGCCAAAUACAUCUUGGCACAGUGAAAACAAACUGAUGUACGGCAUGCCAGUGGUCAGUUUAAGAGGAAACAGGCUUUGUUCUUGAUAAAAUGAGAGCUGGAACCAGACAUUGGCUUAGAAUGGUGACAGGUUGGCCCACAGCUCCCUGAAAACUGGGGCAGUGUGUCCCCAUCAUCUGUCAAGGAGCUGCCCCUUAUGGAGGAGGGGGCGCCCUGGGGAGGCUUCCCAGUCUCUGCCACUUGCUUUUGAGGAGGGUAAAGUGGCAAGCCUCACUCUAGGAAAGCUUGUCUGUGAUCUAAUUCCAUGUUUCCGUGAUCACCUCCCAGGAGGACCACACUCUGCUCUAGAAGUGCUGGCGCUGCCCCAGGGUUGAGGUGAUGCCUUCUGGCUGGGAACCGGAGGCCUAAGGAGAACCCAGUGAGUCAGCAGUAGUUGUCUGUGACGCGAGCAUCCUAGCUUCCCCUGUUGGCACUAACCACACAGAUAACAAUUCUGAGAAAUGGGCUCUACAUCAAAACUAAAAGCUGGUGUUUUCUGUUUUUUGAAUAUACCAAAAAAAAAAAAAAGUGCAGAAUGGAAAAGAAGUGAAUUUUCCUCCAGUUAUGUGGGAAAGGUAAAGCAACACCAAAUAAAAGCCCAUAGCAGCUUCCUCUUUGGAGGAACUCAGUGCUAUGUGAAAAAGACUGAUGUGCUAAACAAAAUACCUCACUGAAUACUGUACUACUGCUGGCACCAUGUGGGGACAGUGGUGUGCAUGGCUAUAACAGUGGCUAUAAAAUGCAACCUUUUCCACAUGUAAGCAUUUCAUUGUGUAUUUUUGGUGACAAGGAAUAAAUGAAACUCAGCUCAAGUUAGAGGUACACAUGAGGUUAGGAAACCAGGCAGAAGCUUAACAAUGCUUCUGCAAAUACCACUGAAUUACACAGUGAUUUAAAAUUGCUCAUUUGAGAAGUUAGUCAGCCAUCCAGGGAAGAAAUGACAUACUGUCCAGUGUAACAUGCGCAGUCCUAAGACGUGGGGAAACAGGCCUCAUUGCCGAAGCAAGUGCCAGUUUUAUUCCAAAAAACACCUGUAUUUUGAACGUGUGACACUUGGCGACAGUAGUCAUCAUUGCGUCCCAAAGCUGUUAAAUGCACCACACACGUCAAAUGAACCCUCCGGCAGGAUGCUGUCUUCUGCAAGCACCAUGUCAUUUCCACAGGCUUUAGAGUGACAAACACCAAAAGAUGGGUGAGUUAGUGUUUAAAAACACACCUGCAAAAAUCUGUCCGAGAUCUCUGAUAGUGCUUUCCUAAUAGUGCCUGGAGCUCACCUGCCUGCUAUAAGGAAUGUGAAGGGAAAACCAGCGUUCUGAGAGAGCAGGCUGGGAAGCAGCCAGGAGCCACUGUCCUGAACUCAAUAAUCACUCCAGUUUGUGCUUGCUUUGGGAAGUGAGAUGGCAGGAGGUCUAGGCGAUUCACAUUGGCAUCUUAUAGAGUUUGAGCACCUCUUAGCCUCGGCCAUGCUGCCUAAAUUCUCACAGCAGACAGGCUGGCAGUGACGGUGAUGGGGCGAGUGCUUGGUCACAGACAGCUCUAAGUGACUUCAGAAGCAAACGGGCUGGUAUUUCACUCUUCAGAAGCAGUUGGUGGUGGUGGAAUAUUUACGUGUUGUAAAGCAACCUACAAGGAAUAAAACAUCAAGUAAAGUUGGCGUGGAAAUCACAUUUUGGAUGGGGAAACAAAUUAGGAGAGAAUCUAAGUAAUAGAUUUUUCUUCCAAAAGAUGAUUGUAAGUUUGUAUCUGUUAUAUCCUUAAUUUUCCAUGAUAAAAAGGAACUAGGGAUUCCUGGCCAGUUUGUUAAUUAAUGGGUUGUUAAUUCAGUAAUGAGUCAUGGUGAGCCAAAGCUCUUCAUUUGAUUAGGAGUUUGAGUUUUUAUUUUCAUCAAACUUUCUUUGCUGAUCCAAAAAAAAAAAGUUGAGUUGUUUAUUAAUUCUGUCUGCCUGUGGAUCUGUGGCUGUUAAAUGUGAAAGAGCAGUGAAAUGACAUGGAAGUGGCCAGCCUGUCAUCAGGAGGAGGAACCAGGUACCCAAGUGGGCUGUGGGCUAGCAGAGGUCCGGGGCGAGUCCAGAGUCGUGGAGUUACAGCUGUUGCCAAGCGCUUUCCUGAGAACCGACUCCUAAGGCCACCGGAAACAGCAUGGCUUGGGGGGCUGGCGAUCACCUGGUGGACCUUGGCAUGGAGACAGCCUUCUCACCCUCUCUGCUCCUGACCCUCGCUUCUCAUGGAUUCGUCUGGGUGGUGUGCUCUGACAAUCACUUCCUGCCAGACUCCAGAACUUGUUGGACCUCCUUAUAAAAACAGAAGGUAGUGGUUAAUCAUGGGUAGUCCUCUUGGAUUUUGAUAUUUAAAAGAUGAUGUUUUGUUUGCACUACUGAAUAGGAAGCAUUCGUUAUUUUCUGUUUUUGUUGUUUUUGAAGUCAUCAUUACGCCAGACUUUUCUGCAGGGUUACCCUUACCAGUGUGCUCAGUUCUGGUCCACAAAGGAUAUAUAAAAAUGGUCUGUUCUCGCUCAUUUUUUUUGUUGUUGUUUUUUGUCCUCAGUGCUGUGGACCUCACAUCUGGUAACAGGCAGUAGGAAAAUUGGCUCAUUUCAGGUAGGCUAGAGACAUUUACGUUUGGGACCAACAUCACCUAAGUUGGAAGUUUCUAGAUCACAGAGGGGCUGGUGUCGUCUGGAGCAGUCAGCUGGUGUGUGCUUGACCAUAUUGCUUUUGCACCAAUCCCCAGUGAUUAGGCGCUGAGACCCUGGGCCUAAGCCGAGAUGCCGGGCCAUCGGAGGAGGGUGACAGAAGCCAUGUGGAAGACAGAAUGGCAGCUUCUCUGCGCAGUGUCUGUCUGAGGACUUGACAUGUAAUAUUUUUUUAAAGCAGUUCAAAGAGUAAGUCUUUUUUUAUUAUUAUUGUACUCCGGUUGCACAGUAUGCCCACAUUUGGAAUGGCUUUUAUUGUGUGGAACUGACAAACACGUACUGUGAUGCACACAUCCUUGAAUGGAAGAAGUCUAUGCAGUUUCCAGCAGCUUCGCUCGUGCUGAGGAAGGAGACAGGUCUACCUUCAGCUGCCAUUAUUUCUGUCAAGUGCUCUCAUUUCCUUUACCGUUUUGACAGAGUCGUAUUUAUUUUUGCACAGGCGGGUUUUUGCUUGCCGUAAUGUUCACUUCUUCAGCGUCGACUUUGCUUUCUCUGUGUAUCUGCAUGUCGUAAUGUGUGCUAAGGAUGAAUGUAAAGGCUGUGGCAACUGUAAUUGGUUUUUGUAUAAGGCUGGUCAAGUGCGGAUCUGGUUUAUGAAUGCAUCUGGGGAUGACCUUAGUAACCAGAUCACCUUUGCAGAUGUUUAGUUGUGAACACCAAAAGAAGCGUUUUCUCAAUAAAAAAAAUAAUAGCUGGUUCUAUUUUUUUUUUAAACCUAGAGAAAAUAAAGUUGCUUUUUUUCAACUGCAGUUCCUUCACUUCUUAGUGGCCAGUGGUGUGUGCCUGGACAGCUGAGAUGUUUGGGUCUGAGCCUGUAAGUUUGAGCUCUGCCCUGGGGACAGCCAUGUGACAAGAAUAAACUGAAGGGUCCCUUGGGAAGAAUUUUGGUUUUAAACUCUGCCCCCCUCCUCCAUUUUCCUGGGGGUGGGGAAGGGAAGCUCUGGACACAAGCGUCUACAAGUUUGUUGUAUAUUUUGCUGAUA